AUGCCCGGCAUGCUCGUCCUCCUCUCCUUCCUCGCGUCCCUCCUCCUCUCCUGCCUCUGCUUCCCCUCCGUCUGGGCGUCCAUUACUGGCGGAGACGAGUUCCUCGAUGCCCACGAAGCCGGUCUUGCCGUCGUGGCGUCCCGCACCCCCUUCCGCGAGAGCGGUCCCCCAGCGUGCAUGGCGAAGCUCAUCAUGCUCAGGCACAAGGUCAGCAGCCCUCUAUCUUUGCAUGUCUCCCCGGUCCAAGCUCCACAACUCUGUUCCCCUGCCCGGGUGCUGACUGCCGCUUCCGCAGCUGCAGCAAGAUAA